GUGGUGCCCGGCUAGGGGGCGGUGGGGGACGCGCUUGGUCGCGCGCUGUUUCGCGCCAGUAGCAGCGUGGCAGGCCUUGUAGCAGAGCAUCCCGGUUUCGUUGCGCCGGCUUCCCGCGCCAGCCUUUCUCUCUGAGCCGUCGCCAUCAUGAUGCUGCCCGUGUUCACCCUGAAACUGCGCCACAAAAUCAGCCCCCGCAUGGUGGCCGUAGGGCGCUACGACGGGAUUCACCCGUGCCUGGCAGCCGCCACCCAAGCGGGCAAGGUUUUUAUUCACAAUCCUCAUACACAGUACCAACCUUUCAGAGCAUCCAGAGUCUUUCACAGCCCCCUGGAGUCUGAUGUUUCUCUCCUCAACAUUAACCAGGAAGUCAGUUGCUUGACUGCAGGAAAACUGAACCCUGACCUUGGCUGUGAUGCUCUUUUAGUGGGGACACGGACUAAUCUUUUGGCUUAUGAUGUCUACAAUAACUCAGACUUGUUCUACAGAGAGGUUGCCGAUGGGGCAAAUGCUAUUGUGCUGGGGACAUUGGGAGACAUUGCCGCUCCUCUUGCAAUUGUUGGUGGAAAUUGUUCUCUGCAGGGUUUUGAUCAUGAAGGCAAUGAUCUGUUUUGGACGGUUACUGGAGACAAUGUUCAUUCUUUGGCCCUAUGUGACUUUGAUGGUGAUGGGAAGAAAGAGCUUCUUGUUGGAUCUGAGGAUUUUGACAUUCGAGUUUUUAAAGAAGAUGAGAUUGUGGCAGAAAUGACAGAAACAGAGAUAAUCACCUCUCUAUGUCCCAUGAAUGGCAGUCGAUUUGGUUAUGCCCUUUCCAAUGGCACAGUUGGGGUUUAUGACAAAACAGCACGAUACUGGAGAAUUAAAUCCAAAAAUCAUGCCAUGAGUAUUCAUUCUUUUGACCUCAAUUGUGAUGGAGUGUGUGAACUGAUAACUGGUUGGUCCAAUGGGAAGGUAGGUCGAUCUCGAAUGGACCGACAGGGGAGGUUCAUCUUUAAAGACAAUUUCUCUUCUGCAAUUGCUGCGUGUGGAGGAGAUUACCAGAUGGAUGGCCACAUACAGUUAAUUCUGCUCAUGUUUUUUUCCUCUGUUCAGUCGGGGCUACCUGCCUGCACAACUGAGAUGAGGGCACCCUCAUGAACCAGUGUGGAGCAGGAUCUGAUCCGAGACCUGAGUCAGAAAAAGCAGAACCUGUUGCUGGAACCCACAACUACAAGGAAACGCCAAGCUGAAUUGAGCAGUCCACUGAAUGAGGCUGAUGGGCAAAGGGGUGUAAUCCCAGCCAACACCACUCAUACUGCCCUCUCAGUCAAUCUGGGGAACAAGACGCAAGCUGCGCAUGCAAACUAUGCCGUCAUCCGAGCAGUAUUGAUUUUUGCAGAGGGAAUUUUUGUAGGUGAAGCCAUGUGGUCCACCCAGCAUUCACAUGUCUCCAGCUCUAUCUGUAUCCCGAUACCCCCAAAGAUGUCCCUGUCGAUGCACUUGAAAGUUUUCGUGGGUUACAGAAGCAGCACCCAGUUCCACGUGUUUGAGUUGACAAAACAGCUCCCCCGCUUCACCAUGUAUGCGUUGAGCAGCCCGGAUUCUGCCACUGAGCCGCUCGGUUACGUGAACUUUGUCAUUGCAGAGCGUGCGCAGAGGAUUGCUAUGUGGCUCAACCAGAACUUUCUGUUACCAGAAGACACUACCAUUCAGAAUGCUCCAUUUCAAGUGUGUUUUAUGUCCUUACGGAAUGGUGGCCAGCUCUACAUACAAAUAAAACCUAGUGGAGAGAUUACUGUGAAUACUGAUGAUAUUGAUUUGGCUGGUGACAUCAUCCAGUCGAUGGCCUCAUUUUUCGCUAUUGAAGACCUGCAGGUAGAAGCAGAUUUUCCUGUCUACUUUGAGGAGUUACGAAAGGUGCUGGUCAAGGUGGAUGAAUAUCAUUCAGUGCAUCAAAAGCUCAGUGCUGACAUGGCUGAUAAUUCUAAUCUGAUCCGAAGUUUGCUGGUCCGUGCUGAGGAUGCUCGUCUGAUGAGGGACAUGAAAACAAUGAAGAAUCGCUAUAUGGAACUUUAUGACCUCAAUAAAGACUUGCUGAAUGGAUAUAAAAUUCGCUGUAAUAAUCACACAGAACUGUUAGGAAACCUUAAAGCAGUAAAUCAAGCAAUUCAAAAAGCAGGGCGCCUGCGUGUCGGAAAGCCAAAGAACCAAGUGAUCACUGCUUGUCGGGAUGCAAUUCGAAGCAACAACAUCAACACACUGUUCAGAAUCAUGCGGGUGGGGACAGCUGCUUCGUAGGAGAGGAGUAAAUGGGAAGGAAGUUCCAGGAAAAGUUUUUCUCUAAAAGUCUAGGCUGGUCUGCUUUGGAUCACAUCCUGGUGAACCCAGGAUGUUAGGAAUGAAAACCACCUUGG